AUGCAGGGCAUUCGUCGCUACUCGAAGUACCCCAGCCUGCCGAACCUUGUCGCACCUCCACCCAUGCCAGAACUCCGGCUGGAUGCCACAGCUGUUCCUUCUGUGGCCAAGAUGACCAACGCUCCUCCCAGUGCACCAGCAACUGCAGGAGGUGCACCCACAGUCGAGUCGGCUGUUGUUGCGAAGCCAUCGCGUCCAGAACCCCCUGCUGGCGCUGCUCCGGAUGCUCCCCCCAAAGUCCCAGGAGCCGGAAACCGGAGGGAAUCUUUGCCGCAAUCUCGUCCACCAGUGUCUGUAAAAACUCGUCGUGCAUCCGCUCAAGGUCCGAGCCACCGUGGAUCCAUUCUGGGUACAGAAGCACGUGGUGCCACUCUUGGAAUGCCUAAAACCGGGGCUCAGGCUCUCACUGGACAAAAUCGUCCAGCAGCUAUCCCAAAUCCCACGGGAACCUGGGGCGCGGUACCGUUGCCCCAGCCACCACCCCCACCUAAACAGAAAGGAUCUGGUAACAAAAAGUCUCGUUAG